ACCCUCCUAGACGAACUACGGCACGCAUUCCAUGAAGCCUUUAGACAGUAGUGCGCACCGCAUUAGUUGGCAGGCGGCAUUCAUAACCAAGCGACGGUAUUUUUACUUUCAACAGCUCACGUAUUCUCCUCCCAGCAUUGACAUCGGGUGUUUGUCCUCCAAGUCUCACAGUCCUAGGGCGCACGUCCAUGACUGAUGUCGCUACAGCCACCGUGUAACAGUCGAAAUGCGCUCGAACUUGUUUCGGCCUUGUAGGGACAAAACCACUUUGUCCGUAAGCCAUCAAAGGGACUGAUUUCGAGGUUUCGCGCCAAUUGAGGUUGUUUUAGAGUUAGACUCCGGGAAUAAGUACUAAAAACUAAAAGCUCGAUUACGCCAAUCUAUGCGCUGGCUCCGAAAGCGAAGUCCCGCCCUGGGAAGGUUCGGGGAAGGGUCGGACGAGUCCCUUCCUUCGUCAUGGACGUGUACAUCAAGCUCCUCCGACGGCCGUCGAUUCGGUCGCUUCGGUUGGCUGUCAGCCGUGCGAUGCACGGGGGAGGAUCCAAGGGCAGACAAACCGUCUUCCGUUACAUUCUCUUGACUGUACUGGCUGUGAUACUACUGAGGUGGUUCUUUGGGGGGCUUCCCCUGUUCCUAUAUAAUCACGUCUACUAUAAAUCAGUCUCGAUCAGACACAUAAACCAGACUUUUAUGCCUGACACGUGUCAGAGCCUCAUGAAGUUGCCAUAUCGGCCAGCCAAUCCGGAAUGGGGUAGGUUCACCCCCCAUGGCGUCAACACCUUCGUAUUCAUCUCAGCGCAUCGCAUCAGCCCGCUCGACUUCGCAGUAAUCGGCCUCUCAGCCCGCAGCAUGCGCUCCCAGUGGCGCUCGGUGCGAUCCAACGGUGGAGAUUCGUCCGCGGCGGGCGAAGAUCUGAGCGGCGGGUGCAUGUGGGUGUCGUACGAUGGGCCGCACACCAUUAAAGGCAGCUUGGAUUAUCUCUUCCCGGGCGACCAUGGCAACAUGCCGUACGAGACAAUUGUCAUCAGAUGCAACCUGGAUAAGCCUACCCCAGCCGACCCUGGCGGCGCCCUUUUCUACCACAUCUCAGGGCGGGACAUGCUGGUGCAUCGAGAGGACGACCUGAGACCGCCAGCCUCCACUGCCGCCGCUGCUGCUACAGCGACUGGGGGGAGUGGUCAGAGGGAGGGGGAGGGGGGGGAGGAGAGGGCUCCUGCUGCGAAGCGGAUUCUCAACCCGCCACGGCCACUGCCCCACCAGAUCUCCUUCUGCUCGCUGCUCAUUGACCAGGAGAUCUCAUGCUGCUCGCUGCUCAUUGAUAAGGAGUUCACUCCAGCGCGUGUCCUGGAGCACAUGCAGUACCUGCUAUUCUUUGGCGCGGACGAUUUCAUUUUCUACGAUGGGGGCGGGUUCUCGGAUGGCUUGAGGGACGCUGUCUCGAGGUUCACAGACGCGGGCAUGCUGCAAGUGAUGGACCUCAGGGGACUAGCUGACCUGCCAGCCCACCACAACGUGAUCACGAUGAACGACUGCGCCUAUCGCACGCGCUUCACCUCGGAGUGGGUCAUCUCGCUCGCCUUUGACGAGCUCCCACACGUCGUGGGUCCCUUCCGCCUCUCCACUCUGCUCGCCUUCCACGCCGGCCGCCCCUGGCUCUCCAUGGGGUCCUACUCGUGGCACAUCGAGCUGUGCCUCCCAAUAACAGCGCCUAACCACUGGCUACAGCAGCGUAUGGUCUUUAGGUCGGUUCACCCCACAUGCCAUGCCAGCAGCGGCACCAGCACCACCACAACCCCCACAUUCAUCACCGCUCCUCCUGCUGCUGCUGCUCUGGUUCCUCCUGCCUCUAACGCCACCAGCAACACCACGUCCCGCAAGCUAGCAGACGCAGCAGCAGCAGGAGGAGCAGCAGCAAAUGCGAGUGGGGCUGCGACAGAGGGCCCAUCGGAGCCUAUGUUCACAGGAGACCCGAACAUGUGCCUUGGGGAAGCAGGAAGGCGGAGAGUGAUGUUUGACCCAAGACAGAUACACGCCAUGGCAGAGCAUUACUGCGCCAUUCCUUUCCGGGGGGGAGUGGAUCUCAAUGCGUCGAUCAUGCACACCAAUAAGUACACUGGACUGCUGGAACCGGCCGCCCUUAUAUGCGAGUACCACCUGAUGAAGGGGACUGAGCCGCGCAGCUACAAGCGCAAGAUGCACGUAGCCAAGCUCAUCAGACAGGGCCGACAAGCUGGCCUGAUUGCUCUGCCUGUCAAAGAAUGAUGCAUGUAAGGGGCACAUGUGAGUAGCACCUGAUGGAGGGGACACAGCCCCGCGCCGCAGCUACAACCAGAAGUAGCCAAGCUCAUCAGACAGGGCCGACAAGCUGGCCUGAUUGCUCUGCCUGUCAAAGAAUGAUUAGGUGACUAAAAAGGGAGCAUGCGGCAUGCUGCAGGAACAGGAGGCUUCUAGUGCUUGGUUUGGUUACCCUUCGUUGUGUGACAGCCAGA